AUGUUGAUUAAAAACGUCCUCACUGUGACAGCACUUCUUGUGAGCCAGGUUAGUGCUCAUGGCCUGGUGACGCGUAUCAAAGGCGCCAAUGGCGUCGAUAUGCCUGGCUUAACGAUCAUUGAUGGAAUACCACGGGAUUGCCCGUCUGCGGCAUGCGGCGGACAAAAGGACACGGCCAUCAUCCGAGACCAGGAAAUGGGAGGUAUCAAGGCUUCGCCUUUGGGCCGUACUAUGGGCUCUGGUCCGGUGUAUGCGGCCACAGUCAUUAACAAGUUCAUGGGCACUGCGACGGAAAAGAGGGGUCGAGUCCCCCCCUCAGAGAGGCGUCGACAACUGAUCAACGAUGCGGCGAGUGUCAUCACUAAUGCCGGUGGAACUAUUCUUAAUGGCGUCCAAGAUAUCGCAGACAAGACCCCCUUGGGUGGGACUAUUAAGAGCGCCCAGUCCGCGGUUGAUGAUGCCCUCAGUAUUGUGCCAGGUCUGAAGUCCGGUGCAAUGACAACCCAGGGCACCAAGGAGAAUGGUAUUCAGUUAUACUCUGGCAAAGGUUCCAGCUCGGGUCUGCCUACCGCAUCUGCAGAUGGUGUUGUCACAGUUAUUUAUCACCAGGUAAACCAAGACGGCGCUGGACCCCUCACAGCCGACAUUGAUCCGUCCAGCGGAGGAACCGAUGCAAAGGCGUUCGUGUCGGCCAAAGUGAUUCAGAACAUCCCUGGUGUGGCCGGGUUCUCGACGUCCAGCACUAUGGACUACGAGGUUAAAGUCCAGGUGCCUAAAGGGAUGAAAUGCACUGGAACAGUUGGUGCGGCCAAGAAUGUUUGCAUUGUACGUGUUCGGAACACUGCCAUCUCCGGACCAUUUGGCGGUUCUGCUGCAUUUACGAUGUGA